CAGGAGAUUAAAAGUUACAUUGAGAAGUCCCUCUUGCAGAAGGAGAUGUUGUACCUCGCAAUGGAGUCUCUGGGACAUCACUUCACUGAUCCGGAUUCCUGGACGCCUCGUGAACUCAUCCCACAGUCGUUUCAGAGCAACACCAGGAAGGAGAACAAGAGUACCCAUCACCCGCCCAAGGCCACAGAGGGGGCACUGGUCAGACAACAGAAAUCCGACAUGGGGCAGGAAGACAUCCUGGACAGGCUAAAAGCCUCUGCCCCGUCCCUGGCCAAGCUUCAGCUGGCGAUGGAUGGAGUCCGCCUCCGAGGCACGGACCGGUUGGUUUUUGAUGGCGCCCUCGCCCGACAGGAGUGUUCCACCUUGCGGAACGUUGCCCACACUGUGGCGGCACUGCAAGAGGGGAGCCCCAGAGAUUCCUCAGCUGGCCCUUGGAGCGACAACCUUGAGGAGCUUAGCAUCUGGCGAGCUCUGACGCUUGCCCGUGACUCCCUCCUUGAGCUGCCUGCUGCCCGCUUGUAUUACGAUGCCAGCACACGAGUGCAACGCAUCACACAGCAAAUCUUUGGCACGCUUCCUCUUCGACCGUCCAUCUCCAACUUAUCCUGUCGGGGUCCGGUGACAGGAGACCAGGCGUCUGGUGAGGACGAGGUGUCGAGGGACCCGUGCCACUGGGAGCCAGAAGGGUCACAGUGUUGGAGGGAGUCGCUCUCAGCAUUGACCGGUGACUACAGAGCCUUUCUCUAUCUCAAUGAUGAAUUUGAAGGAGGGGAAUUUUACUUUGCAGAUCGUGGAGGCAAGAGAGUUUCAGAGGAAAUCUCCCCAAAGUGUGGCCGACUGGUCAUGUUCCUGUCUGGACAAGAGAAUGCACACUCUGUCCGCCCGGUGACAGAGGGGCAGCGCUGUGCCCUCACCUUGAGUUUCACUGAGAAAACCCAAGAUGAGCAGGAGGCAAAUCCCAGUGUGGAGAGUUUAUUGGAGUUGCUGUACCCGGCAUCCUCCACCCUUGGUGAGCCUGAACAGAUACCAGGCCCUGAGCAUGACCGGGAGUCCCCUGAGCAGCAAGAGAGAGCCCACAAGGAGACUCAACGAGCCCGGGACGGGAGGCAGCGGCAGUACAAGAGACCUCAGCCCGUGACAGGGGCAGAGAGUCCUGCUCUCAGGGACGAGCUCUGAGUCUGCAUUGGAGGGUGUGUGU